CUAAUAUUUUCUCCCAAACUAAAGGCAUUUUCGUGAGAUGGCUUCACCACCGUUGUUAGCCUUAGCCCAAUCUCCUCCUCGUUGCUGGUCCGAGCUUCCUCUAGAUCUGAUGCAACUGAUUUUUGAACGCCUUAGCUUUACCGAUUUCGAAAGAGCUAAAUCGGUUUGCUCAUCUUGGCAAACUGGUUCGAGACAGUCUAAGCCAAACAAUAAGAUCCCUUGGAUGAUUUUACUCCCCGAGGAAAAGAGUUACUGUCUCUUGUUCAAUCCUGAAGAUAGAGAAGAAAAGCUCUACAAAACUGGCGACUACUUUUCAAAUAAUAUUUAUUGUUUGGCGACUUGUAGAAGCUGGCUUUUGAUGAAUCCUAGUUAUGAAAACUGGGAACACCCUGUUUAUAUUUUUAAUCUCUUAACCCGCGAGAGGAUCAAUCUACCUCUUACUACACCGGUACGACGACUUCACUCCGCCGUAUUGUGGAUAGACGAUAAAACCAAAGAUUACCUUGUUAUAAGAGAAAGUCUGGCUUAUGUAAAGAAAGGUUAUAACUCGUGGAUACAAAUCUCGGAGGGUAUCCAAAACCAAGAAGACAUGGUAUUCAAAGAUCACAAGCUCUAUUGUCUCACCAAUAAUGAACUCCGUAUUUUCGACUUUUCUGGUGAAUUUCCGCUACAACUUUCCAGAGCUAGCCUAGGAGGAGGGGGACGUGUGAAUGAAAUAUUUAGCUUAAGGAUGAGAUUUCCUGGAGUUCCAUGGUAUGUCCAACAGGUUCGCAAGAAGAAAAAUGUGGUUCUCACUGUACGAGGAGAUGUCUUAAUUGUUAAGAGCAAAAAUCCUGCUAUGUCCGAGACAUGGAACUUUAAAAUCUUCAAGAUGGAUUCAUCAUCAAAGGGCUUGGAGGAAAUUUAUUCGUUGGGAGAUGAGGCGAUUAUUUUGGAUUUGGGUAUUACAGUGCUUGCUAAGGACCAGGAAGGCGUCAUUAGUAACUCUAUUUACUUCACUGAUGAAGAGAUACAUUGGUACGGCACUGAAAUCUUUGUAUUCAAUCUGGAUACCAAAAAGGUUGAACAACUACCACCACUUGUUUCUUCCUCUGCUUCAUUCUCUAGAGCUCGUUGGUUCUUACCAAGUUUCAGGAAUGAUUGAUGAUCCCUAUCUAUAGGUGUUUCUCUUGGUUGCUUUAUUAAUAACUAGCAUAUAAUUUC